UCUGAACACAGAGAAGACAAGUAAAGCCAAGGCAUACAGAAAACACAAACAAACAAAGCGGCAGCUACCCCUAGGAGCUCAAUCCGAUCCAAUCCAUGGCAUGGCAGGAUAGAUCAUUCUCCCCCUCUCCCAGCUCCGACGAUCGUCCCACGUCUUUAUAAACCGCCACACCCCCAGUAUGUACCACUACCCCACCCCAGCAGCCUCCAUCUCUCUGAUUCACACCACACACCCCACAAAGCUAGAAGAACCCUGAAAGCAACCACCCCACUCCACUCCACCUUUGCCAUCUCCAAGAAAGAACACAGCCUCUUCUGCUUCAAGAAGCCUUUUUUGAUCCUGAGUUAUCGCCAUCCAUCCGACCAUGAUCCAAGAACUGCUCGGCGGGGCCGCCAUGGACCAGCUCAAGAGCGUGAACGACGUGAACGCGGCGUCGCUGCCCCUGUUGCUGCAUCCCGUCAUCUCCAACCCGUCGCCCACGUCCUCCUCCUCGACGUCGUCGCGCUCGUCUGCGCAGCAGCAGCAGCGGUCGACGUCGGCAACGUCGUCGCCGCAGGGGCAAGGGCCGCAGCAGCAGGGCCAGGGGCAAGGCGCGGAGCAGACGCCUCUGCGGUGCCCCCGGUGUAACUCCUCAAACACCAAGUUCUGCUACUACAACAACUACAACCUCACCCAGCCGCGCCACUUCUGCAAGACGUGCCGCCGGUACUGGACCAAGGGCGGCGCGCUACGCAACGUACCAAUCGGCGGCGGCUGCCGCAAGCCGCGCCCCAUGCCUACGCCCGUCGCGAAGCCGGUGAUCUCCUCCUGCAAGGCCGUGGGCGGCGGCGUGCCGUCGCUGGGCCUCGGCGUCGGCUUGGGCAUGGGCAUGGGCGCCGGCCCCGGGCCCUGGGCGUCCUCGCAGCAGGCGGCCGCCGCGCAGCUCAUGGCGCUGCUCAAUAGCGCCAGGGGCGUGCAUCAGGGCGGCGGUAACAUGCACAGGCUCCUUGGCCUCGACGCCAUGGCACACCUGCCCCUCCACGUCCUGCCGGGCGCUGGCAAUAAUAAUGCCGGUGGCACGGCGCCGUCGUUGUGGCCGCAGUCUGCGCCGCGUGCCAUCCCUACGCCGCCGCACAUGGACUCCCAGCUCGGCAUGGGGCCGCUGGGCCAGCACGACGUGCUGUCAAGCCUCGGGCUAAAGCUGCCCCCGCCAUCGUCGUCGCCGGCGGCGGCAAGCUACUACAGCGACCAGCUGCACGCGGUGGUGAGCAGCGCUGCCGGACGCGGCGGACACGAGUACGAAGCAGCAGCCUCCGGCGCCAUGUCCCUUCCCUGCACCACGGCGCUGACCUCCCUACCGCCGGCCGCAUCGAGCGUGUCGGCUGCGCUGACCAGCUGCGCGACGGUCGGGCUGGACCUCCCGCCGGUCUCCGUCCCCGCGUCCGAGAUGCAGUACUGGGCCGCCGGGCCGGCGGCGAUGUCCGUGGCGUGGCCGGACUUGCCCACCCCCAACGGCGCGUUCCCAUGAGCUAGAGACAAACCUGAACCUGAUGAUCUGAUGUACGGAUGACGCAGCUGUUUACCCUACAUGACACACUAGCUAGUACGUAAUCAACCAGUAGCUCCAUCACUUCAGCCUCCUCAGUGUAGCUUUAUCUUGCCGUUUGACUGUGUUUUUAUUUGAGUGAGAACUCAUCCACUCCGGGGGAGGUUAAUCAAUGGUGUUUUUAUUACUGUGUUGUUUUUGUUCAUUAGUGGGAGCACGGGAGUAACUUUUCUUACUGUUAUCAAUCAGAGUUUUUACUGUGUAAUAUCUUUUUUUCUCUUCUUUCUAUAUCUGCAUGCUGUUUAAUUAGUGUAGUAGUAGUAUAGAAGAAGAAGUGAUCCAUAACUUUGUGUAUUUGGUGCUAUACGUGUGGUCAAUCCAUCGGUUGAUCAUACAUGGUCGAUCUACAUGGUCACACUACAUGAUCAAUAUCACAAUAUGCAUAUAUGGGUGAUGUGUUGUUUCAAAUA